AUAAUAUUCCUCUCACUAAAUCUAUCAAUACUGUGGUUAAUGAAGAAAACAUAGCUGAAGACAUAGCCGAAUCAAGUAACCAAGCACUUCCUAUAAAUGAAGAUAUAAACGAAGUUGUAAAUCUUUAUGAAGGUCAUGUUUUUUCGUUAUGGGAAGAAGUCGAUAAGUUUGUGAAGGCCUACGGCAAACAGCAAGGUUUUGGAGUUGCUCGAAAAAGGCUAGAGCGACAUCCGAAUAGUAAUAUAAAGCAUCGUAGUUAUAGAUGCGAAUUUAGUGGCCAUUCUCAACCUAAAAAAAAAGUCAAUGCUCGUGACCACUGCAACUGUAAAUCUAAAUGCCAAGAGUGUAGAUGA